AUGGCGAGUCCCGGCAGCGAUCCAGUUCAGCUCCUAGACGCGCUGACCACGGUCCUCGGGGACGACCCCAAGGCGCUCUCACAGCGUGGCAGCGACGAAUAUGACAAGGCCAACGGCUCCUACUUCAGCGCCUUUGAGAACGAAGUCAAACCUCUGUACAUUGCCAAGCCUGCUACCGUGGAGCAGGUCCAGCGUCUUGUCGAGGCGCUCCGUCCGCAUGUCAUCGCGGGUUCGUGCCGCAUUGCCAUCCGCGGCGAGGGCCACGCGCCGUUUGCGGGCAGCGCGAACGUGCAGGACGGUGUGACCAUCGACAUGAGACGCCUCAAGGGAAUCACUUUGAGCGCGGACCGGUCUACGGUGGAGAUAGCGGUUGGAGAGACGUGGACGACGGUGUAUACCGAGCUGGAAAAACACGGCCUGACUGUUGCAGGCGCCCGGGUUGGCGGCAUCGGCGUGGCCGGCUUUAUCUUGGGAGUGGUUCUACAUGGACACGAUGCGAUGCCGUCUGCUGACUCGGAUUUCCCAUCAUAUACCACACAUGCAGGCGGAUUAUCCAUGUUCUCCACGCGUACUGGAUUCGCCUGCGACUCGGUGGUUGAGUUCAAGGUGGUCUUGGCCUCGGGACAGCUUGUCCGCGCGUCCGCGGAUGAGAAUGCAGAUCUGUGGAUUGCCCUCAGAGGAGGGCUGAACAACUUUGGCAUCGUCACCUCAAUCACCAUGACGACGUUCAAGGCCGGAGACAUCUGGGGCGGCAUCACAUACUACCUUCCCGGUGCCUUCCCGCAGCUCCUCCGGGCCGUGUGCGACUUCGUGCAUAAUGAGGACGACCAGGACGUCCACGUCAUGUGCGGCACUGGCUACGGCUUUGGCCACCAGGCCGCGAGCUGUUGCAUGUACCACACAGCCGGCAAGGUGAACGCGCCGUCCCUGCAGCGCUUCACUGCGGUCCAGCCGCAGAUCGAGCCAAUGGGGACCAUGAGAACAGCGACGCACCUCGAAUUCUGCGACGAAAUGGGCAAGUAUAGCACCAACGGCUUGCGGCAAUUCUGGGCUACUCUAACUAUCAAACCGGACGUUGCCCUGAUGGAGAUGUUCCACGACGAGUGGCAGAAGACGCUCGACAGCAUCAAGGACGCCGAAGGGUUCAUCGUCUCCUUCGUGUACCAUCCCCUUACCAAAGCACUGCUGGAGAACUCGGCCAAAGCGGGCGGAAACGCCAUGGACAUCCCACCGGCAGACGGGCCGCUGUUUGUCGUCAUGCUCAGACCGACGUGGACACGAGCAGAGGACGAUGAGCGCAUCUUUGCCGCCGUGGAGGCGCUUGUGGAAACCCUCAAACGGCUCGCGGCGGAGAGGGGACUUCUCCACCGCUACAUCUUCACCAACUACGGUUACCCGAAGCACAACGUCAUGGCCGGGUACGGGGAUCGUAGUCUCGCCAGGCUCGCGGCGACGAGCGAGAAAUACGAUCCCGAGGGCAUCUUCCAGAAAGGCGUCCCCGGCGGCUUCAAGCUGCCGUGA